AUAGCAGUUGAGACCCUCACAAGAAAACUCAUCCCAGGCUUUGAGUUAAUUCAAUUCCCAGCACUACAACAAUCUUCUCCGUUGUCCUUAUACCAACUUUUGAAGAAAAUGUCUAGCAAUUGUAGCUGUGGAAGUGACUGCAAGUGCGGCAGUGGCUGCAAAUGUGGGAUGCACGCUGACUUGGGUUACUCAGAGACCACUUCCACUACCAUCAUUGCUGGGGUUGCACCAGUGAAGACGUUCUCUGAGGGGUCUGAGAUGAAUUAUGGAGCAGAGAAUGACUGCAAGUGUGGCUCGAACUGCAGCUGCAGCUCAUGCAGCUGCAACAAAUGAUCAAAGCAAGCCGAGGUCAAAAGUCAAGAAGAGCUGUCCUGCAUGGGGUCUAUAUAAAUAAGAAAAGGACUGUGAAAGUUGAAUUGUUCAGUUGGGUUUUAAAACUUAAUGUAAAAUAAGAUUGCCAUUUUACCUGCAAAUCCAUGAUCUCCUACACUAGUUGGGCUUGGGAUUUGCUUCGUGCAUGGCUACCGUUGUAUGUUACUCUUAAUUAAAAGUGUUUGUUCUGGUGUUU